UUAUUUAUUUAUUUGAGGGCCCAGUCAAACUUGACUAGAAAAGAAGACCGGGUCGAGGAGUUUGGGUGAUCCCGUGACGUGCAGCCGGCCCGGCCAAUCGAAGACUCACGAGAGGGGGAGGGCGGAAGUGACGCCAACAUAUCCCUCCGCAGGGCAGGAGGGUCGGUGGGGGGAGUCGGCUUCUCUUUCCCCCGCGCCAGCUCCCGUAUACGGAGCCACAUUCCUUGGCCCCCCCCACCCCCCUCCCCCGGGGCCCUCCCGCCCCCCCAGGGGAAAAAAAACAACCCCAUAUCACUCGGGCCCUAGGGGGGUUUCCUUUCCCCGUCGGGGAGCCGAGGCUUGGCCAGUCUCUCUUCCUCCUCUCCCUCUCCCCCUCCCCCUGUACUACCGUCCCCUCCCACCCCCUUCUCCCAGCGACGGGGUGUAAGGUCCCUUUAAGGCGACGGCGCCUUACUCAAGUCAGACAAGCGGCGGCGGCGACCACGGGAGGAGCAUGGCAGAUACCGACCUGUUUAUGGAAUGUGAGGAAGAGGAGCUGGAGCCAUGGCAGAAAAUCAGUGAUGUGAUUGAGGAUUCUGUGGUUGAAGAUUAUAAUUCAGUGGAUAAAACAGCUACAGUUUCUGUGAGCCUGCAGCCAGUCUCAGCUCCAGUGCCCAUCGUUGCCCAUGCUUCUGUUGGUGGGCACCUCUCUACAUCCACCACCGUUAGUAGCAGCGGAGUACAGAACAGCGACAGUGCCAAGAAGACGCUUGUCACACUAAUUGCCAAUAACAAUGGUCCAACACUAUACCACAAUACCUCCCUCAGAGAUCUCCACGUGAAGCCACCAUUGCUGCCUCCCAGCAAUCCUGUAAUCAGAAACCACUGGUACUCCUACCCCACAGCAGGCAAUCCUUUGGUUCAGCAAGGUGGACAACCACUCAUCCUGACACAGAAUCCAGCCUCAGGUCUGAGCACCAUGGUCACUCAACCAGUAUUGAGGCCUGUCCAGGUCAUGCAGAAUGCCAACCACGUUACUAAUUCCCCUGUGACCUCGCAACCCAUAUUCAUCACUACACAGGGAUUUCCUGUAAGGAAUGUUCGGCCUGUACAAAAUACAAUGAAUCAGGUUGGAAUAGUGUUGAAUGUACAGCAAGGCCAAACAGUUAGACCAAUUACACUAGUCCCAGCUCCAGGUACCCAGUUUGUUAAACCCACAGUUGGCGUCCCUCAGGUGUUCUCUCAGAUGACACAGGUGAGGCCCGGCUCCACGAUGCCUGUGAGGCCCACCACCAACACCUUUACCACGGUCAUCCCAGCCACCCUCACCAUCCGCAGCACCGUCCCGCAGUCCCAGUCUCAGCAGACCAAGUCCACUCCCAGCACCUCAACCACUCCCACUGCCACGCAGCCGACCUCGCUGGGGCAGUUGGCUGUACAGCCACCGAGCCAGUCCAGCCAGGCCCCGAAUCCCAAGCUAGUGAGCAUUGCCAGCUUUGUCACUGUCAAGCGACCUGGGGUGACAGGUGAGAAUAGCAAUGAGGUGGCCAAGCUGGUGAAUACCCUCAACACCAUCCCUUCCCUGGGCCAGAGCCCUGGGCCAGUGGUGGUGUCCAACAACAGCCCUGCCCACAGCUCUCAGAGAAGCAGCGGACCUGAGUCAUCAGCAAUGAAAGUGACUUCUCCAAUACCAACAUUUGACCUCCAGGAUGGUGGCCGGAAAGUCUGCCCACGCUGUAAUUCCCAGUUCCGUGUCACUGAAGCUCUGAGAGGCCACAUGUGUUACUGCUGCCCAGACUUGGUUGAUUUCCUGAAGAAAGGAAAACCUCUUGAUUCAGAGCCCAGUAUCACGUCAGCAACAAAGCCACCAUCCCCAGAGAAGACCGCUCCCAUGCCCUCCACACCAUCUACACCUGCUCCUACCCUGUCGCCACCUGCCAAGGCCCCUGAACCCAUGGAGAAUUCAGGUGAUGUCACUCAGAGCAAGCUCAUCAUGUUAGUGGAUGACUUCUAUUAUGGACGGGACAGCGGCAAAGUGAGCCAGCUCCUCAAUUUUCCUAAGGUGCCCACGUCCUUUCGAUGCCCACACUGCACGAAAAGGCUUAAAAACAAUAUCCGGUUCAUGAACCACAUGAAGCACCAUGUGGAGCUGGACCAGCAGAACGGGGAGGUGGAUGUCCACACCAUCUGCCAGCACUGCUACCGCCAGUUCUCCACUCCUUUCCAGCUUCAGUGCCACCUGGAAAAUGUUCACAGUCCCUACGAGUCUACCACUAAGUGCAAGAUUUGUGAGUGGGCCUUUGAGAGUGAGCCCUUGUUCCUCCAGCACAUGAAGGACACCCACAAACCCGGGGAGAUGCCUUACGUUUGCCAGGUGUGUCAGUACCGCUCUUCCCUGUACUCAGAGGUAGAUGGUCAUUUUCGCAUGAUCCAUGAGGAUACCCGGCAUCUGCUCUGCCCCUACUGUCUGAAGGUCUUCAAAAAUGGCAAUGCAUUCCAGCAACAUUUCAUGAGGCACCAGAAGAAGAGUGUCUAUCACUGUAAUAAAUGCCGGCUGCAGUUUCUGUUUGCCAAGGACAAAAUAGAGCACAAACUUCAGCAUCACAAAACCUUCCGCAAGCCCAAACAGCUGGAAGGCCUGAAACCAGGCACCAAGGUGACCAUCCGGGCAUCCCGAGGACAGCCACGAAUACUGCCUGUCUCCUCAAAUGAUGCACCACCUAAUGCCUUGCAAGAUGCUGCCCCCCUGUCUACCCCAGCAGACCCUCUUCCCAUCUUCCUUUAUCCCCCUGUCCAGCGAAGCAUCCAGAAGAAAGCUGUCAAGAAAAUGAGUGUCAUGGGCCGGCAAACGUGCCUGGAGUGCAGCUUUGAGAUCCCUGAUUUCCCCAAUCAUUUCCCUACCUAUGUCCACUGCUCCCUGUGUCGCUAUAGCACCUGCUGCUCCAGAGCAUAUGCCAACCACAUGAUCAACAAUCAUGUUCCACGGAAGAGCCCCAAGUACUUGGCCUUGUUUAAGAACUCCACUGUCAGUGGGAUCAAACUGGCCUGUACUUCCUGCGUUUUUGUUACUUCUGUGGGAGAUGCCAUGGCUAAACAUCUGGUCUUCAAUCCAUCACAUCAAUCCAGCAAUAUCCUACCACGAGGACUGACUUGGAUAUCCCACUCUAGGCAUGGCCAGGCCCAUGAUCGGGGUAUAAAAAACACCUACCCUUCUGCUUUCCCCCACAACAAAAUUUCCACUGUGAAACCCGUGGGCACCCCCCCUGAGUGUGGGGAACCACCUGUAUCCCAGGCCCAGCUGCUUUCAGCAUCAUCUCCACUUCUCCCUCCGGGAGCCUCUGGCUGUCCCCAGACUCCAGCAUCCCUUCUGCAUGGAGAGGGGGCUGAGUGCCUGAGUCUUGAUGAGCAAGAUGAAGGAGCCCUAGCUCUGUCGGACCCCGAGCCAACAGCAGCCGGGGGCCUCAGCGGAGCCGGCAAGAAGGAACAGCUGUCGGUCAAGAAGCUGCGAGUGGUACUGUUUGCCUUAUGCUGCAAUACUGAGCAGGCAGCCGAGCAUUUCCGCAACCCACAGCGGCGUAUCCGGCGUUGGCUGCGGCGCUUUCAGGCCUCCCAAGGAGAGAAUCUGGAGGGCAAGUAUCUGAGUUUAGAAGCCGAGGAGAAGUUGGCCGAAUGGGUCCUGACACAGCGGGAACAGCAGCUUCCUGUCAAUGAGGAAACACUCUUCCAGAAGGCCACCAAAAUCGGGCGGUCGCUGGAGGGCGGCUUCAAGAUCUCCUAUGAGUGGGCAGUGAGGUUCAUGCUUCGGCACCACCUGACCCCUCAUGCCCGGAGGGCCGUGGCUCACACCCUACCCAAGGAAGUGGCAGAAAAUGCUGGACUCUUCAUUGAGUUUGUGCAGCGGCAAAUCCAUACCCAGGACCUGCCUCUUUCUAUGAUCGUGGCCAUCGAUGAGAUCUCCCUCUUCCUGGACGCCGAAGUGCUGAGCAGCGAUGAUCGGAAGGAAAACGCCCUGCAGACAGUGGGCACCGGGGAGCCUUGGUGCGACGUCGUGCUGUCCAUCCUGGCGGACGGCACCGUCCUUCCCACCCUGGUCUUCUACAGGGGGCAGAUGGAGCAGCCCACCAACGUGCCAGAGUCUAUCCUGCUGGAGGCCAAAGAGAGUGGCUACAGCGAUGAUGAGAUCAUGGAGCUGUGGUCCUCGAGGGUGUGGCAGAAGCACACGGCCUGCCAGCGCAGCAAGGGCAUGUUGGUGAUGGACUGCCAUCGCACCCACCUGUCCGAGGAGGUGCUGUCCAUGCUCAGCUCCUACAGCACCCUCCCGGCCGUGGUGCCCGCGGGUUGUAGCUCCAAGAUCCAGCCUUUGGACGUGUGCAUCAAAAGGACUGUCAAGAACUUCAUACACAAGAAGUGGAAAGAGCAGGCCCGAGAGAUGGCAGAUGGCACGUGUGACUCUGACAUCCUCCUUCAGCUGGUGCUUUGUUGGCUGGCAGAGGUGCUGGAGGUCAUCGCAGACUGCCCAGAGUUAGUCCAGCAGUCCUUCUUGGUGGCCAGUGUCCUGCCUGGCCCCGAUGGCACUGCUAACUCACCUACCCGCAACGCUGACAUGCAGGAGGAGCUGAUUACCUCCCUGGAGGAGCAGCUGAAACUGAGCGGGGAGCAGACUGAGGAGGAGCCUGCAGCCUCCACACCCCAAUCCAGACCAUCCCCUGAAGAGGUAAUUGAACCUGAGAGCCUUCACCAGCUCUUUGAAGGUGAAAGUGAGACAGAGUCUUUCUAUGGCUUUGAAGAGGCUGAUCUGGAUUUGAUGGAAGUCUGAAGGGUAGACUCCUGGGGAGGGGAGGAGUAGGCAAGGGGGUGGGGGGAAAUGAGGUACAAGGCGGGAUGGGAACUUUGGUUUUUUAAGUUUUUUUUGCCACCCCCUUGUGUUGGUUCAUACUUCCCUUUGAAUUAAAGGAAAUUAAUGGAUCAUGUCUGAGCUGAGGAGCUGGCCAGAGGCUGUUCAGCUUCUGCAGGAGGGGUUUUCAUGACUUUUUUUUAAAAAAUAAAAUCACUGUGUUUGGUAUUUUUCCAACGAAACAUAAGAAAAAGAAAAAAAAAAAAUCCACCAUGAGUGAAUGAUUUUUUUUUUUUUUUGGGUUUCCCCUUACCUCAACUGUAUCAUUGUUUUUUGUUUUUUUUUAAUUGUGCGGCUGAUGUCUUUGGGCAUGAUACUAUCUAACCAUUGUUAACGUAAGACCAUUUCUGAAGAUGGGAAAAGAUAAAAAUAUGUAGCUGACAAACUGGUAUAUGUAUAUGUGUAUACACAUAUACAUAAAAAUCUUUUUUUUUUUCCAUUGUGGUCUUAACAUUUUUUAUAUACAAAAGGGAAAAAAGAUGUUUAAAAAAAAUCACCAGACUCAUCUCCACCUCCAUCUUCUUUUUCCUUUCCUCCCCAGAGAUAAUUGGUUUCUGCUGUGAUCCUACAUUUAAAAUUGUGGCUUUAAAAAUGUGUGAAACCGUCUCUAAGUAUCCAAAAUACUUUUUGGAUUUUUAAAAGUAAUUUUCCACAGAAAGUAAAUAAGCUCUGGCUUUUGUGAAUACUUGACUCCCUUUCCCCAUCCUUGUCCCUCUGCUCCUCCCCUAUCUUGAUGAGAUUCAUCUUAUUUCUAGAGAUUGGGAGCCUGGAGUAAACAAAGUAACUGAAGGCUUAGGCACACAGUAGGGCAUGGGAUCCUCUCCACCUUCCCACUGUGUGCUGGUCUGUAUCUUGCCAGUGCCCUUAGGAAGAGGGAGGGUCCUAGGGUAGGAAGGAAAGCCCAAGCCUGCUCAGGAGAAUUGUGUGCACCAUAGCCAGGAGAUAUAGUUGUACAGGCCAUGGUCAACCUUUAAAAAUUUUUUUUAAAAAUGUAAAAACAAAAAAAUAAAAAUUUAAAAAAAACAUAGCCAAUUCCCUUGUUUUUUGUGUGGCCUUGCCACACUUUCCCUAGAGCUAGAGAGAAGAACCCAACCCGGAGACAAGAUAGACUGGGGUGUGCACAGACAUUGUAUCUUUUUAUUUUUCACUGCCAGCUUCAAAGAAGGAAAAAAGGAAAAAAACCAGAAUUUUUCUACAAUUUGCAUGUUUGAGGGUUGUUUUUUUUUUAUUGUAUGUACUUAAGAUAUAAACGGAAAUAAAUGCAUUUUGACAUAACAGCAACGAGGAAAAAAAAAACACCACCAGCCCACCUUGCCCACGGCUACGCUUGUUUGUCCAUCCUGAGGUUUUUAGCAACUUUCCCUCCAGGGAGCCGGGAGGCAGUGUGCACAGACCUGUAAAUGAUUCGUCUUUAAAUUGUACAUAAGUGGAACAUUUAAUAAAACCAGGGAAAAUGGAUUUAUAAACAAA